AAGUUAAUUCUCCAAAAAGUAUAUAACUCCAUUUUUACUCUCUCUUUCUUCCUUUGUUUCUUCUUGAAAUCUCAUUUCCUUCACCUGCACUUCACGGGUACACACGAACAUGGCACCCCCCAAUCAAUCUCCGAUUUCAUCGCCAUUCUUUAAUCAAAAUUAAAUUUUUUUAAUUAAAAAAAAACCCAAAUCGAUUCCGUUUGACCUAGAAGACAAAAAACCAGAAAAAACCCUAGUACCAUUUUUUUUUUUGGUAUCAGGAACUGUGUAUUUUGAUAUACCCUUUAUUGAAUCUGAAUCGAUCCAAAAACCCCAAGUGUUGUUUGAGUUAAUUACAUGUCUUAGAUGAGGUUUACUAGAAGAUUUACGAGGAUUUUUAUUAUCCUCUGUUUGAUUGCUGUUUUUGUUACAACUCCAAUCUUGUUGUUUUCUUCACAUAGGUUGAUUCAUCUUGGUUCUGAUGCAUCGAAGGAGUUUGUUGGAGAUUUAUCCAUUCUUUGUGUGUUGUCAUGCUUUCAUUAGUUUCAAACUGCUUUCCAAUGCUUUACUUGAGAUGAGAUGUAGGGGUAAGGUUUGCUUAUACAAUACUCUCCUCAGACCCCACUCGUGGGAUUACACCGGGUGUGUCGCUGUUAAGCACAGGAUAGAGGUUCAGGCGCUUAAUGCAGUCCAACAGGAAGAAGUUGAAACCCUCAAAGAACCAAUCUUGGAUGUCUACCGAGAUGGAAACCAAAUUUCUGCAGUCAGUUUGUAUACCAUUGAUAAGAAUGAUAGUCUUGGUCAACCUAAGAAUGUCAGUUUGGCUGGAAAUAAUGAAACCACACAUGAUACGAAGAAAGUAGGUCAACAAAGUUUACCAGAGGAAACACUGGGCAGACGAGAAAAGGCAUCGGAAAAAUCCAGACCAAAAGAGGUGCUUCAGAAUGUACAGUCUCAUCCACGGAGGGUAUUGGAUGAGAGGGUGAAGGAGAUUAAAGAUCAGCUGAUAAGGGCCAAAGCAUUCUUGAAUUUUGCACCGGCAGGUAGUAACUCUAAUUUUGUGAAAGAGAUAAAGCUACGAAUUAAAGACUUGGAACGAGCUGCUGGUGAAGUUUCAAAAGAUUCUGAUUUGUCUAGGAGGGCCAUACAGAAGAUGAAGGCUAUGAGUGCAACCCUGUCGAAAGCCAGUAGAUUGUUCCCUGAUUGCUCGGCAAUGGUGAAAAAACUUCGUGCGAUGACUUAUAAUGCUGAGGAACAACUUCGAGCGCAAAAGAAUCAAGCUUCCUUCCUUGAAAAUCUUGCCGGAAGAACUACUCCGAAAGGCCUUCAUUGCCUCUCCAUGCGGUUAACCACUGAGUACUUUGCCCUACAAACCGAGGAGCAGAAACUACCUAACCAACAUAAAUUUCAGAAUCCAGAUCUCCACCACUUCGCUGUUUUCUCUGACAAUGUUUUGGCAUGUUCUGCAGUUGUCAACUCAACUGUAUCAACUGCUAGGGCUCCAGAGAAGAUUGUGUUUCAUAUAGUGACGGAUUCUCUUAACCUACCAGCAAUGACAAUGUGGUUCUUGUCGAAUCCUCCUGGCAAAGCAACAAUUCAGAUCCAGAGCAUAGACAUGUUUGAUUGGUUACUGAACAAGGAUACUCUGCAGAAGCAAGAGUCUCUUGAUCCAAGAUACACUUCUCCACUGAAUCACCUGCGCUUCUACCUGCCUGAAAUUUUUCCUUAUCUCAACAAGAUAGUGCUCCUUGAUCAUGACGUGGUUGUGAAAAGGGAUCUAAGUGGACUUUGGCACAUCAACAUGAAUGGUAAAGUGAAUGGUGCGGUGGAGACUUGUCUUGAAGGCGAGCCGUCAUUCCGGCGAAUGGAUAUGCUCAUCAAUUUCACUGACCCCAUGGUGGCAACGAAAUUUGACGCGAAAUCAUGCACAUGGGCAUUUGGGAUGAAUUUGUUUGAUCUGCAGGAGUGGAGGAAACGAAACUUGACUGGGCUCUAUCACAAGUACUUGGAGCUGGGAAGUGAUAGACCAUUAAUGAAAGCUGGUACUUUGCCCAUUGGUUGGAUGACCUUCUACAAACAUACACGUGCUAUAGAUCGGAGAUGGCAUGUCUUGGGAUUGGGGUACGACUCUGGUGUCAAAUUGAAUGAAAUUGAGCAAGCAGCUGUGAUUCAUUAUGAUGGAGUUAUGAAACCAUGGUUAGAGAUUGGACUCCAGAAGUUCAAGCCGUACUGGAAGAAACACGUUAGGUAUGAACAUCCUUUUGUGCAACAAUGCAAUAUUCAUGACUAGGAAUUUUAUCCUUUAGCAGUAGGCUGAGUUCCAUUUCACCACAAUCACGUAGUGUAGGAACCCCUCACGUUCACCUUAUUCUUUCACACAUUGAUCCCGCAAUUUUUAACUUGUAAAGUCCAACUUUUACGCCCCUCCUGUCCACGUUUAUUUCCUGCUCAGUGGUCAUAGAAAUUUAUCCCACAAUAGCAAUAACUUGGGACCUGAUAUUGGCAUGUCCCUGAGAUUCCUGCAAUGCUUGGACUUGCAUGUAUAUUGAUCUUGUAGAAUGCUAAAAAUGUUCUUAUAAUUUACCAGUUGUAGAUGAGAUAAGAAAUAUAUUUCUCUGUGACAUUCUUCUUGUAGAA